GCAUUCGCUAGUAAUAAUGUUAUUUCAGCCGUCAUGGUUAUUACUGAGGAGAAGUCUUCCACGUCUCUGGUCGAACGGCUGGAUGAAGUUGCAACCAGGGAAUUGCAUAAAAAUGAAUUCAAAAACGUUACACUGCUAUUACAAGCAAUUGGACAGUUAAUCUCCAGAGAUACAGAUUGCAUCAACACACUUGUUCAUCAAGGUAUUGUAAUAAAGAUGCUGAACUGGUUUGAGAGGGUCUCGGACUAUCUGAAGACACAGACGAAACCAACCAAGUCACCGGUGCUGCUUAUGGAAGUGUUCUAUGAAGUGUCCAUGGGUCUUUGCCAGUGCAAUGUUGAAGGCAGCAAUAAAAUUUUGGAAAUCCUUAUGCUGAGGUUUGGCGCUGUUGUGAUAGACCAAGAAGUGACUUUUAAUCUGCGCCUUGAGGCAAUUAAAACAAUCAACUCCAUGUUGGACAAUGCUUCUAAAGAGAGCCGGAAAAGACUUUGCCAGACCAAUGAUCAUGACUUUUUGCUAGAGGAGUUUGCAAAAGUGAUGAUCGAUGUUGGUGAUUAUGAAAUGCAGGUGGCCAUUUCUGAGGCACUCUGUCGACUGUCGCCAAAAAAACAAAGGGAGGAAUUGGUGGGCAAGUGGUUUAGUUACAGAAGCUUUGCAUCGGCAUUCACAACGAUAAGGGUGAAAGAGUUUGAAACGGACUGUAGGAUAUUUCUGAACAAACUCAAUAGUUAUUUUGGGGCCUCAAGAAGUGUGUUUUCAUUUCCGUGCAUUAGGGCAUUUCUAGGCUUCAGCGAGUUGUUCAAACCUGAGGAUGAGCUGCUGCAGCAGUUUUGGGUGGACUUCAACGUUGGAACCUCCUGCAUCAGCUUCUAUGUGAAUGACCCAGAAGGAACUCUGUGGGAGCUUAUUCAUCUGCCUAAAGAAGCCAUCAGUACAUAUAGUCUUCAAGAAAGUGAUGAUCAGAAGACUUUGAUCAUUCACAUGUCCCUUCCUGUCACUCAUGGUGAUGUCAGUGACAAAAUGGUCCUGAUCACAUUCGAUUCCCAACAUGACAUCCAGACUGCCUUGGAGAAAGUCUUUGUAAGAGAGAAAUCGCCUGAAGCCCAGGUCACCGUUUCAGAAACUCUGAAAAACACGUUUCUCACUGAUGUGUCAGAGAGGUCAUGUGACAGGAAGUCAAAGACUAUAACGUUCAUGGCUGCUUUAUGGAGGUACCAGGUGGUGCGGGCCAAAGCUGUCAUCUUUGGGUUGCCUCUCUCCUCUAAUGGGUCUGGUGGCUCUGUUAAGUCCCUUCCUGUUGGUGUGGAACAAGUGAAAUCUGCACAAAAGAGGAAACUGAGGAUGUUUCACUCCGAGAGUGACACCUACGUGCUGCCCAGCGAGAGACGUCCCUCUAGAGAUGCACCUCAUGCUGAUUAUACUCGCAAGAGGCCACGACAGAAGAUUAAACUCAAAGUUCUUCCACUUUCCUCACCCAGCAGUAUGGAAGAAGAGUACUUCAAGGAAUCAACCCGCAGACACAGACUACUGGAACAAAAGAGGGCUGAAGGUGUGGUAGGAGAGCAUGAUGGCAAAGCUAAACUCCAGAAUCUAGACCUCUUGCACCCAGACAGAGAGAUCACCGCGGAUUCAGGCUUUCAAGACAAGACUGUAUCUGAAGAUACCUUUUUUGCAGAUGAGGAACGUGAUGUGUUUACAGAGACACAUGAUUUAUGCAAAGAGCCACCUCCAAGGAAAACACCCCUGGAAUCAUCGACAGAGUUGUGUGUGGAAACCGAGAUGACCGAAAUGCAGCCAGAGGGAGAAGAACUGCCACCCUUUUCCACACUCAAGCCCAGAAGACUGUUCCCCUCUACUUCAAUGGAGAGUGCAACAGAAACAGUGACCCAAGCAUUGGUGGAGGAUGAAGAAUCUGAGACGGAGUUGGGUUCUGGAGUCAUUGCUGCUUUUGAUACCUUCAAGGCUCAGCUAAGAGAACAUUUCUCUUCCCGGUAUAAGAAGAUUGAAGCAAAGUCACUGAGAUCUUUAACUGACUGUCAGGAAAAUGUGAGCUCUCUCCUGCGAACAGUGCAUGAUCAAAGACUUGUCCAUUUAGAUCACUUCCAGGACACGGUUGUGCAGCAGUUGGGACACUUGGAGCAGAACUGUCUUUCCCUCAAACACAUUGAGCAGGAAACUGUGAGGUUCUGGCAGUCAGAGUCUGACAGAGUGAGAUCUUUCUGUGACAGACAACAUAAGCGGGUGGAUUCUAUAGAGGUACCAAAAGAAACUAGGCCAGUGCCACAGAGCUGCACAGAAGGAAUGACCAGCGCUUCCUCAGAUCUCUAUGCCACCCUCUCCAUGGCAACGCUAGGCAAUAAGGUGGCAGUGGAGAGACAACAAAAGCCAAGCACUGUUCCAACCACCACUGCUACCUCCUAGGGACUUUCUCACUGUGGCACAGUACAUUUUCUUUUUUUUUUUUCUUUGCUCCUUAUAUAACCUGAAGCAUGGACACCUACACCACAGGGGGGGAAAGAUUUGUGCUUUAAACUGGAAAA